AUGUUAUUUGGCCGCGUUUUAAAGCGCAACCUUUUCUCCCUCCGUGCGGGUUUGCUUCAAGUUCCCCGGACUACCACGUCCCCGAUACUCCAAGACCAAGUCGUUGAUGAAGAGGCCUGUCCGGGGUAUAAAUCUAAAAGUUACUAUCCGGCGAGACCGGGGCAGGUAGUCGCAAACUACCAAGUACUGGUAAAGAUAGGCUGGGGAACACGCUCAACAGUGUGGCUUGCUCGAGAUAUCAGGAGAUUCAAAUGGCAGCCUGAGCGUUAUGUGGCCCUGAAAAUCAACAAUUGCAGUUCCCGUCAAGCGAAUCACGAACGUGACAUUGAAGACCAUAUCUUCAAAACGAACCCGUCCCAUCGGGGCCAUGUGAUCAUACGAACGUGCCUCGAGAGCUUCGAGGUGGCCGGGCCAGAGGGCUGGCAUCUGUGCCUGGCAUAUGAGCCUAUGAGAGAGCCGCUGUGGCUUUAUCAGGGGCGGUUUCCGGACCAGAAACUCCCCAUUGCUAUUGCAAAGGCAUACAUCUCCAUGCUCCUGACGGGACUUGACUACCUUCACUCUGACUGUAAGGUUGCUCACACAGGCAAGUGUCUCAACAUCUACUCAAUUCAGGAAUAUUCAGCUCAUCCUUAUGCAGACCUGAAGCUUGAGAACAUCCUUGUCGGUUUCGAGGAUAAGGCCGUCGUUAAAGACUUUGUGAUAGCUCAAUCUAGCCAGCAUAUGGAACACAAAACGGACUCCGCUGGCCGGACUGUUUAUCGAUGCCACAACAAUUUCGGGCCAUUGAAGAAGCUAAUGAACUUGCCCAAAAUCGUAGACUUUGGGCUAGCUAGGCAACUUGUGGGUCCUAACUAUAUAGAAACCCACCCAAUACAGCCUGACCACUAUCGUGCUCCAGAGGUUAUCCUUGGCUGCGGAUGGUCCUUUAGCGCAGAUAUUUGGAACCUUGGUCUUCUAGUCUGGGAUAUCUUCGAGCGCAAGGAACUGUUCAGCCAAGUGCGGGAUCAUCGAGGCCAUUACGAUGCCAAGGCGCAUAUGGCAGAAAUGAUAGCUUUGCUAGGGCCGCCUCCCAAGGCGCUGAUUACAAGAUAUAACAGUAUGCAUGGGAUUAGAUGGCCAGACCCGAUCAGAGAUGAGGAAGGUGAAUUCCUAUAUACCGACCUGAUACCGAAGCGCAGACUUGAAGACACCCUUCCGUCCCUUGAGUCGAAAGAAAGAGAGUUAUUGCUUUCCUUUGUCAGUAAGAUGGUCUGCUGGCUUCCCGAGGAUAGGAGUACCGCACGGGAGUUGAUAGAGCACCCGUUCCUUAAGUUCCAAUCUAGAGCAGAGCCUGCUCCAUGA